CUCAAAGGAAAAUGAUCACAUCAACUCCAGUAAUAUAAUUUCCUGGUCAAAGAGCAGCGCAAGGUGUGUUCUCCAAACAGAUCCUCCUGAACCUCAAAGGCUACAGAUGACAACUGGAGGUCUUUUCUAAACAGGCAGAAUGAUGACCUUUGCUGCACUCGUUCUCAUCUUGACACCCGGAGUUGCCCUUGGACAGCAGGCUGCUAGAAAUGUGUCCAUAAAAGAGGCGUGUCCACUGGAUAUGGCUGAGAAUUCCGUUGAUGAUCGAUAUGACGGCUGCCGAGAGGAAAUGACUCACUUAGUACAGAGCAAGUAUCUAAAACGAGAACUGAGUAUGUCAUUAAACUUCAGCAAAGCCUGGCACAUGGGAGAGAAGUUCUGCACUGAGGACAAACUAAAUAACUUGACGAGAGAGAACUGCAUUGCUUUGUUUGCAUACACAUAUGAUAAUUCUACAAUAUUUAAACCUUUCAAUAAUGCUACUCGUAUUGGCAGAGGGAACUACACCAAUAUGACAUAUGGGUGGUAUUCUCUUCACUUUUUAUUGACAGAUGCAUUACGGAAAAAAAGUGAGAAGUCUUGCAAAAUAACAUAUCGUGGUACAGACAGAACAUUCGAAAAAGAAGUUACAAACACAGAAAUUCGAUUUGGAUCAUUCACAUCCUCUUCCAAAAAAGUUAGUGUGGCACAGACAUUUGGAAAAGUGUCUUGUUUUAAAAUCAUGACAUGCCAUGGUGUCAACAUCAUGAACUAUUCCAACUACCCAGAACAGGAAGAGGUGUUAAUUCCUCCAUACGAGAUGUUCAAUGUCACUGACGUUUGGAAAAGGACAGCCUUCCCUGGUCUCUGGUGUGAGACUGUGUUUGAGUUAAACAGCACUGGAACCAGAAGUAACCAGCAGUGUGAACUGGUGAAACUAGAGGCAUCUGGCGAAUCUCAGAUCUAUAACAGAUAUCAGCCUCUAGUGGUGUCAAGUGCCUGCGUCUUCACUCUCAUUCAUACUUUCUUACGCUGAAUGUGAUGAGCUUUAAAGAGACCCUAUGCAACUUUUUCAUAGUCAUAAAAUCGCUUAGAAAUCGUUGUUUUGCUUGACUGACCAGUUUUAGCGAAAACAGUCAUAUUUCCUCCUGCCCCCAGUGUCCCUAUCCGCUAUUGCAGCCUUGCAGUUUGUUCAGGAGACGAUCGCUCCCUGUUUACAUCUGGAAGGCUGAGAUGCGUAAGGAACAAGAAGAACCACGCUUGCAAUUUAUAUAUUUAUAUAUAGCCUUUAUAUGUAUAAAUAUACACGCUAAAGCUGUCGGGGAAGCUCUGCAGAGAAAUAUGCAAGCAUAAAACGAGCGAAAAUGAAAAACGAAACCGAAACUUAAGAUGAAUUCGCCAAUCCUGCAUAGUUUCUCUUUAACCUGAACCAACACUUUAAUUACUUUUUUUUAUUGAUUGUAAAUCUUAACAAAUCUGCAAAAGGUCAAAUCUAAAAGGCCUUUCUGAUCGUCUAUCACAUGUGGUGAGGGUUCACAGUCUUAUAAUGUGUACAUGUAGCCUGUAUAAUGUAUAUUUCUGAUACUCUUAUAUAAUGUGUAGCCUACAUAGCCUGUAUCAUGUAUAUUUCCGCUAAUCUUACAGGUAGCCUGAUGUGUCAUUGAUUUUGUUUGCUCUGGAUGAUGCACUCAGGGGUGAUAAUGUAUGUACUGUAUGUUGAAAUGAGCUGGUUUAAUGUAUAGGGUUUCCAUGAUUUGAUAAUGUGUGUAUGGCUGAAACUAGAUGGUUUAAUGACCUACUCCACGAUCGUCAGAUGACUUUUACACAACAGUUCUACCAACUAUUUCAGUUCAAAGAAGCUUCUAGAGUGCACUCACAUAAUGCCUGUCUACCAAUAAGAAAUCAAUAAACAG